AGGCGCUGCUGGCCACCAAGUCUCUGGUGCCCUGGAACCAGCGCGGGCUGCUGCGGACCGUGCUGCGGGAGGAGGGCCGCAGAAUGCUGCUGCGCGCGCGGGUGCUGGGCUGCCAGAGCCGGGCCGCGCUCACGCACGGACCCGGGGCGCAGGAAGGGGAUGCCCUCGGUGUGCACCAGCUGGCCACACUGCUGGUGGAGCUGGACCCAGACGAUGAGACCUCACGCCUCCUGGCAGCCGACGCCCUGUACCGCCUGGGCCGCCUGGACGACGCCCACAAGUCCCUGCUGGUGGCCCUCUCCCGCAGGCCCCAGGCAGCAGCGGUGCUGGUGCGGCUGGCCCUGCUGCAGCUGCACAGGGGAUUCUCCUAUGAUGCCAACCAGCUGGUGAAGAAGGUGGUUCAGACCGGGGACACGGCCUGCCUCCAGUCCACACUGGACGUCUUCAGCCAUGAGGACCGGCAGCUGCUGCAGGGCCACUGCCACGCGAGGGCCCUGAGCAUCCUGCGAGCACGGCCCUGCGGGGCGGACAGCAGGGCCCAUGUCCGGGAGGCCAUCACCUACCUCUCUCUGGCCAUCUUCGCUGCAGGGAGCGAAGCCAGUGAGUCCCUCCUGGUCCGGGCCCGCUGUUACGGGCUCCUGGGCCAGAAGAAGACGGCCAUGUUCGACUUCAACUCUGUGCUGCAGGCCACGCCAGGGAACGUUCAGGCUCUGUGCGGACGCGCCCUUGUGCACCUGGCCCUGGACCAGCUGCAGGGAGCUGUGAACGAUGUCACCUCUGCCCUGAGGCUCGACCCGGGGACUGUGGUCCCUGAGCUCCGCUCUCUGAAGCCGGAAGCACAGCUGCUGCUCACUCAAGGCCUCCAUGCCCACUGCCGGGCCCUCCUGAGCCAGCUGCUGGACGCUGGGACGCCCCUCGCAGACGAGGACGCCCAUGGCCUCCUUGCCAUGGGUGAUGCGCUGAGCACAAUUGAUGCUGCACAGCCAGACUGGCAUGUCUUCCUCGCAGACAUCCUCGUGGCGCUGGGCAGGUAUGAGGAGGCUGGUGCCCGCCUGCAACCAGCCCUGCAGCCCUCCCCACCAUCAGCGGCAGCCAGGGCCCGAAGGGGCCUGCUCCAGAUCAAGAAAGGGGACGUGGCCACUGCUGCCCAGGACCUGCAGUGCCUGGCAGAGACAGAUGCCCAGGACCUCAGCUUUCUGCUUCGUCUUCUGCAGCCCUCGGAGCGGCAGAGCCUCACCCAGGCCGCCGCCCAGGAAGCCGGCACGCUCCUGGAUACAGGGCAGCCCGGGCGGGCGCUAGGCUACUGCUCGCUCGCUGUCCUGGCUGGGGGCAGCCUUACCUGCCAUCUGCGUCUACGGGCCACCUGCCUGGGCGAGCUGCAGCAGUUUGGCCGGGCACUCAGGGACCUGGACCGAGUGCUGCAGGAGGGUGCAGGGGACAGUGACCUGCCGGGGCGGGCAGAGGACUUCUGCUCCAGGGGCCGCCUGCUGCUGGGCCUGAGGGACAAGGAGGGGGCCGCGGAGGCCUUUGCCCGGGCUCUGGAGCUGUCACCUGCUCUGGCCCAGCGCAGUCUGUGGGAGCGGCCAGGUCAGGCCCCUACUGUCCACGUGUUCCUGCAUUUUGGGCAGCGUUGCCUGGAGGAGCAGCGCUACGAAGAGGCCUGGACAGCGGCCCGGAGUGGCCUCCUGGUGGACCCCAACCAUGGUGGUCUGAAGAAGCUGAAGGCUAGAACCCAGAGAGAGGCCUCCUCCGGCUGCCGACUGCACUGAUAUGGCCGGUCCUCGGCCGGGCCUGACCACGGGGCCCCUGGCUUUUCACCUUGGGGUGCAUGCAUCAGCUCCCAGAUCACUGAGCUGCGCUCCUCACCCGCGGACCUCCAACCCUGGCAUGGACAGCCAGCCUCCCACCCCUUUUCCUUAGGAACUAAGGGCAGAAGGGAAGAGCUUCCCUUGGUGAGAGCCCUGCUCUGCUGGCGCUGAGCCCCUACCACGGUGGGCAGCCUUGGGUCCCCAUGGCCGAGGCUAUGCAGGUGACUCAGAUCUGGCCCAGCCUGGGAUCCUGAGGGUUGGUAGCAUCAAGGGCAGCCCCUGUGGCCCUGGGGAAGAUGUGCCAGCCCACACUGGCCCUCUGGGCACAGACCUACCUUUGAGUGAGCUCUGACCUGUGCCCCAUGACACCCACCUCACCCAUGCUGCCCACCCUGGGAGCUGGCCUGUGUGGAGGUCCUCUACCUGGACUCCCCCAGCCAUCCCCUGCCUUCCACACAGAGGCCCUCAGCUUCUACUCGGCCUGCAUUCUGUCCAGGAGGCCGGAAUGUGUUCUCCCCGUGGAUUAAAUGUCCCUGGCAGUCGUGCUUCCUGCCAGCAUGUUUGGAAAUCCUGGCCUUGUCCUUCCUGUCAAGAUCACUAAGGGAGACCUCACUGGAGGGUUUUCACUGUGUCCCUGAACCCAGGGAACACUGGGCAGGCCAGAUGGGUGUGAAUCGGCCCCUCCUAGGGCCCCUGCCUGCUUCUCCCCAUCCUGGGCACUCAUUGGCCUCUGCCCAGCUACCCCUUCCUCCUGUGGUCUUGACCCGGCCACCGUCGCAGCCCUGCUUGCCUCCAGGGCUCCCCAGGUCUAUCCGUCUGGGCUGUGGCAGAAGUGGCCCCAACCCUGCCUGUCCCUGGGCAGCAGCAAGAGUGGCCUGGCGGGUUGGCAGCCUCCUCCCUCCCCAGGCUUCACCACUGCCAUGGUUCACCACAUAGGGCAUCCUCGGCCCUCUGCUGUUGUCACCCGGCUGAGGCCACCCAAGAUGCCGAACGUCACAAGGAGCUGGGCAGGCUUCAGUGUCUGCCACCUCGAGGACAGGAGUCAGAAGCCCAGAGAGGAGGAGGCUCCAGCAGGUGCUCAGCCCAGUGUCCCCACUCUGCUUUCCCCACUCGAGAUCUUCCACAUAGCUCCUCACCAUGUCACUCUAUCCCUGUGCACCCUCCUGUCCACUCCACCCUCCUGUCUCCAUCUGUACUCAGUGGUCAGCCAUUUGCCAGCAGGCCCAGGGACAGGCAUGCCAGGUUAAGGGGCAGAGUCAUGAGCGCAGGUUUGGGGACACGGGUCAUGAGCUCAGGUGGGCCUGGGCUGGAGGAGCCAGGACUGAGGGCAAGGCCCAGCUCCUCUGAGCUGCAGGACGGGCCAGCAGAGACAGCACCAGGCAGCCCCUGGGGGCGCCCUUCCACCCUGUACCUUUGCUUCCCGUCCUCCCACCCGGGUGUCUUGUCCUGUUGGUCCACGCAGGGAUGUUGGGGAGCUGGCCACACCAAGUGUGCAGGUGCCCAUCCAGCCAGAUCACCACCAGAGCCUUCCCACCCACUCACAUUUCCUGUCCCCUCCAGACAGCAGUGCUAUCCACAGCUCAUCUUGCAGGGGCCCUGAGUUAGCCUUUCCCACUUGGCACCUUCCUGUGGGCCCCUGCCUGCUUCCUGUGGGAAUUCAUAUGUUGCGAUUCUCACCCUCACCAGGAUGGAAUUAGGUGGAGGCUUUGGGAAGUGAUCAAGACCUACAACAUGGGAUUUGUACCCUUCUGAGACCUCAGAGGAAUGGGACAUAGUGAUGCCAGCUCUAAUCCCAGCUACUCAGGAGGCUGAGGCAAGAGAUCUCAACUUCAAGGCUAGCCUGGGAAACUAUCAAAAUAAAAAGUGCUGGGCAUGUAGCUCCAGGAUAAGA